AUGAAGCUCUCGAAUUGCGUGGUGGCAGCGGUGAACUUGACCAUGUUGGCUGUGGCCGCUCCUAGUACUAUGUUGUCUACUGCUGUCCAACGUCGUGCUCCCAUCGGCUCAUUCAUCUGGUCCUGGUAUGGCGACGACCAGGAGGAGACUCAUCCUUCUGCCGAGUCCGCUGAAGAGAGCAUGAAUGUGAAAAGGUCCACUAUGCUCAAGGCUCGCAAGCCUAUCGGCUCUUUCAUAUGGUCUUGGUAUGGUGAUGACCAGGAUGAGAAUGAGCCUUCCGUCGAGGUCGUUGCGGAGGAGACACCUGCUGUUGAGUAA